CCAGCUCAGCCCUACGGAACAACCACAUGGCCGCGAUGCCUCGCCGCCAUCUGCAACCGACGCUGAGAUGAAUAUGCCCACCGAGGCAGCACGUCCGCGACCAUCUCGUCGUCAGCUCCCAGUCGCACCAGAGGCUGUAAGGAGCGACCCCAUGAUGAUGGAGCUCGCGGCGGUCUAGUGUGUGUCAAAUGACCCCAAGACCAUUCCUUCCUUGUCCCUCGCCGCCAACCGCCUCGCGCCGACAAAUUAGGUUCACAGAAUCGACGCUGGUGUGUGCGCGUCCGCGAGGGAUGUGGGAGAGCUCCAGCGAAGCACACUGCUGCUGCUGCUACUUGAAGCAGCACUCGCUUUCUGCUUUCAUCGUCCUGCGAACAGCAUCCUCAUCACCUUCAUCCGCAACAUGCGCGCUCAGGCAGUGACGGCGCUGGCAGCCGCUCUGCUCAGCGGGCUCAGCGGCGCUUCGACGCUGACCCCGCCCGUCCUGCCGUUGAUCGUGAGAAAUCCAUACCUUUCCACCUGGCUGGCCGAUGCGAGAGAGGAGCCAUGGUCGAAAUGGCCCAUGUUCUGGACGGGGCAAUCGAUGGGCUUUUCCGUGCUUGCCUCUGUGCCAGAGACGUCCACCGUCUAUCCGCUCCUCGGCCGUCCUCACGAUUCUCUCGACCGCGAGAGCAAUCACUACAACCUUGCCUUUCCAGAGUACUUGGGCGCCAAGUACGACGCGUCGACCACGAACCUGACCUACGUCAUAUCCAACUCGAGCUCCAGCCAGAAUGUAGAGAUCGUGUUGUCCUUCCUCUCGCCUAUUACGCCGACUUCCACCCUUCGCCAGGCGAUUCCUGCGUCCUACGUGACCGUCUAUGUCAAGGGCGACGUCGAUGUCAACGUCUACAUAGACGUCAAUGGACAAUUCGUGAGUGGUGACCGCGGAUCACACAUCCAAUGGGCACUCGAAGAAAAGAGCCAGAAAGGCUCUGCAAAGCUGAAGACCUUCCGCGUCAAGAGGAGUAACGAAGAGCUCUUCACUGAGAAAUGGGACCGCGCUGAGUGGGGUACCCUGCACUUCACCGGUCCCUCGCACACUGCCCACGAAGCUGGUACUUCUGGCAUCCUGCGACAGCGAUUUGCGAAGACGGGUACCUUGCAGAACUCGGUCGAUGACGCUUUCCGUUCCAUCAUGGACGAGGAGCCCGUCUUCGCCUUCGUAAAAUCUUUCAAUCUGAGCUCUGCCAGCCAGCAGUCUGGCACGCAGCAGGACAGCGUUGUAUUCACAGUAGCUCACACCCAAGAUCCGGUCACUCAGUUCGCCUCUAGCCGUGGUCUUACUUGGAUGAGACCUCUGUGGAUGUCGUACUUUUCUUCCGAUGCCGAGCUCAUUGACUUCCAUUACACCGAUUUCCAUCACGCCCGAGCGCUGGCGCUGGACUACUCACAACAGGUGGCUCGAGAUGCGUAUGCCAGCGGGAGCGACAGUUACAAGGAUAUCGUCGAGCUGAGUGCUCGACAGGUCAUGGGUGCGACCAGUUUCAGCGGUACGCCUGAAAAUCCGAUUUUGUUCUUGAAGGAAAUCAGCAGCAACGGGAACUGUCAGACUGUCGAUGUCAUCUUCCCUGCCUUCCCAUUCUUCUUGUAUACGAAUCCGAGGUGGCUCGCCUACUUAUUGGAACCGCUGCUGGAGCACAUGCUGAGUGGCCAGUACCCGAAUGACUAUACUAUGCAUGACCUCGGGACCCACUUCCCCAACAUGACCGGACAUCCAGAUGGGCGGGAUGAAUACAUGCCGGUUGAAGAAUGCGGGGACAUGUUGAUCAUGGGCCUGGCGCUGGUGAACAGCUUGACGUAUGAUUCUGCAGAGACAGCUCAAUCACCUUGGAGCGCGCUCGGGGAGCCGAAGAGCCAGAAGGAGCUGCAGAUGCAGAGUGACGAUGCUACACCGUUCUCAUUGCCUUCCAGGUUUGGAACUCCUGAAGGCAUAUUUGGUCUCGACGAUCAAUUUGGCGGCGUCACGUCUAGCCAUCAAGCGAAGAAGUGGCUGUCUCGCACGUACCGUUUGUGGAAGCAAUGGACGGGAUACCUGGUGGACUACUCACUGUAUCCACACAACCAAUUGUGCACCGAUGAUUUCGCAGGAUGGCUUCCAUUGAUGACCAAUCUCGCACUCAAAGGUAUCAUUGGCAUCAAAGCGAUGAGUGAACUCGCCGAGUUGAGCGGCGAGACCGGCGACGCCAAGUACUACCGCAACAUUAGCGAGUCGUACAUCAAAGAAUGGGAGAAGCAGGGGAUGAGCCGCGAUGGAGGUCGAGCCAAACUCGCGUACGAUUGGCACGGCAGUUGGACGACACUGUAUUCUCUCUACGCUGAUGCUCUGCUGUGUUUCCAUCCCAGCACGGAGGCGGCAGAGAGCUCCGUCGCAAGCUCUCGCAGUGGAGGAGUGCAGGCGCCUCUCAAUCCUGGAGCCAAAGGCAAGGCGAACUUCAUUCCUGACCGCAUCUACCAGACUCAGUCCGACUGGUACGGCGUCGUCAUGCAGAAGUAUGGCUUGCCUUUGGAUUCACGACAUCUGUACACCAAGAGUGACUGGGAGUUCCAAGCUGCGGCAGUUGCGAGCAAGAAGACACGAUCACAGAUUCUAGACAAGGUCGCCACAUGGCUGAACGAGACAGCAUCAGACCGACCAUUCACUGAUUUGUACAAGACUGAGGGCGAUGGUGGCUUCCCGGGGCCCAAUUUCUUUGCUCGACCUGUCGUGGGAAGUCACUUCGCUUUCCUCACGCUUGAGAGGGCAUGCCAAGGUAAGGGAGCGGCGGCUUUCGACUAUCCAUAGCUAUGGACUGCAGUGCGACAUGAUAGGGUGCGUGACGACAGGUGUAGCACGGAGCUCCGCACGCGUCUGCAGACAUUGCAGUGUGUGCUGCUGCGGCAAGGACAAGGGGACAGCUGGAUCGCAGCUCGGCUACCUGACAGAUUGCAUAUGGGCGGGUUUGGAGGAGUCGCUUAUGUAUGCCUCAAAAAUCUUGCUGAGUAGAAUUCCGCCCG